CCAGGACGCCACGACCCGAAGCCUCUGGAAAUGCACUCGCACCGCGCGUCCACGAAGGUAACCUUCCGCCUCCUCUCCGCUUCCCCCGCACCGCUCGCCGCGCGCUCUCGCGACGGUCCCGCACGCCUCCCCCGGCGACGAAGCGAUGGCCGUCCUCCUCCGAAGCACGACCUCCGCGACCGCCACGACCACUGGGCCCACCUCGGCCCUUCUGGUGACCACCUUCUGCCGCGGCCGCCUCCUGCCCCGCGCCUUGGCUCAGCCGCUGGAGGUCUGCGCCAAGCAGUCUGUCACCGUCCCCGGCCGCCUCGGCGACUGUUAUUCCAAAUCAACCCAGAAGGUAAGGUGCCUAUUGUGAAGGUUGAGGACAAAUGGAUUUCUGAUUCUGAUAUUAUAACACAAGUAAUAGAAGAGAAGUACCCUGAACUAUCCUUGGCAACUCCACCAAACAAAGCUUCAAUGGACCAUUUAUUAAUGGUGGAACAAUUUCUGCUUCUGAUCUCUCUUGGGCCUAAACUAUAUCACAUGGAGAUAGCUCUGGGCCAUUACAAGAAUUGGUCUGUUCCAGAUUCACUUUCACAUGUAAAAACAUACAUGAAGUCGAUUUUCUUAAUGGAUUCUUUUGUCGAUACUCGAUCUCUGCCACAUUACUGGAUGGCGCCCAAAAGUUACAGGUUAAAUCACAUUUCUAAAGUAAGACAUCCAGGUAAACUGCGUAUAUUUCCUUUAUAGAAGGAAGAACAUUUCCUUGUUAUGACUUCCUUGGUCUAGUAUUUUGCCUUUGUUGAAACAAUGAUGAUAGGAUGCAUCGUUCAUACUUAUCUAGUAAACCAGAAAUAUGGGGGCUUUCUUAGGCUUGCUAUUGGCAAAUCAUAUGCAAAAACAAUAUUUCAACAUAUGUACAAUUGAGUUUGUGUAAAAAUAUACAAAUACAUUUUCAAAAAAUUGUAGUUGUUGCUCACAUAGAUGAUGGGCUAAUGAUUGCGUACUAAACUUAGUCUUCGGCCUUCAAUUUCUGAAUUAUGUUGGGCUAGAAGCUAGGUGCAGCUCAGCAACUGUUGUGGAUUUGUGGUGAUGCCUCCUACCAUUAACAAGGCCCAGGAACCAAUACAUCUGCAUAGCUCAUACUGUUUUCUCUUUUUGAACUGCAUUGGCUCUGGUUAUUCAUAUGUAGGAAGUAAAUAGAAGAUAAUAACAUUACGAUGUUUAGCUUCUUUGACCAUACUUCGCAGCCAGACCAUCAUAUAUUAUUUAGCUGUUUUUAUGUCUUGGAACAAUAUUCCGUUAUUAAAGUCGGUUCGGUUGUAAA